UGAAAUUAGCAAUAGAAAACAAUUACGGCUAUGAAACUUUAUUCAACACUCUGUCUCUUAGGACACCUGGAUAGAGAAGACAGGACAUUUCAGGACGUGUAGUUUGUCACAUGGCCAUGUCCUCAUUUCCCGCGUCGAAUAACUUUUCUAAGAAGCGUCGGCUGCAGCCAUGACAACGAUGUUUGAAAAUGGGAGGACGGACGCCACCCAAGACUCCUGCUAAUUCAAGGAUACGUCUGAGAGCUUUCAGAUGUACUGUAGAACUCGAUCUCCACUCUAUCACUUGUCCAGGGGUCGUGUUACCAUCACAGGAGGAUGUUUACAUAAGUGUCCGAAUAAUGGGGCAGUACCACAAGACAAAGUGUGUGCCUUCUACCUUUCCUCUCCUGCUACAGGAAAAGAUGGUGUUUAUGAAGAAAUUCGCAGAAGCAGUUGACCCCGGUGAUGUAGCUGAUCAUCUGGAGAAUGAUACAACCUGUUUCGAGCUCAUUCAGCUUAUCCCACCAGAGGGAGAAGUUCUAGCUACCCUUGAGGAGAACACCAGAGACUUCCUCUACCCGAGCCUGAGACUGACCCCCCACACCACUGGUUCACAGAGAGAGAUUCUGAUGAAGAAAUCCGUCUCCUUCCCGGGGAUCUCUCCCAGAGUUGAAUUUUCGACCACAUCCGUUAUUGAGGAGUGUGAUUUGAAGCGUAGCCAGUCAGCCAUCUCACUGUGCUGCCCUUCUCCCGGUAAACCCUGCCGCGCGAGGGCAAGCCCCAGGGCCGAAGAGAGGCCCAGACCGAGCUUAGCAGCGCCGUGCGGUUAUCAGAGGCCCACGGCAGCCUCGCUGAGCCGCUGCCCAUCGCCCUACACCCACCGCAGGAUGUGCCAGCUCUCGGAGAUCACCAGGCAGCGCCUCAGCCAGCUGCAGCUCGGCCCCUAUACCUUCAGGAAGGAGACCACCCCCCAGCCUCCGUUUGUGGUUCCUUGUAGUCCAAACUCUUUGCUGAUUGAAGCCCCUACAUCUCCUGCUCUUCUGGCUUCACCCAAGAGAAGCGCCGUCCACCAGACAUCCGGGAGUCCUGCUGCAGACUUUACAGACCCUGCACUUUGUGGGAGCUUCAGGUCAAAACCUUUUCAGGAAGGAGGUCAUUCUCGGGGUGGAUGCCAUAUAUCCCCUGAAAGAGCGUGUGCACGAUUACCCAGAAGUCCCCCUCGGUGUAAGACCCCUGCUGCCUACUCCACCCCAGUGCCCGGCGGCCACGGAGACCAGAGCCCCCUGCUGAGCCGCUCCUCGCUCAGACAGAGGUUCCAGGACCCCUCAAGCCCCUCCCAGUGGGAGCGGAUCCAUAGCCGAGUUCAGAGGAUUUUGCGCACUCACUCCACUCGCUGCAAACUCUCAUUUGAGGAGCCACGUGAGAGAGGAGGAGCCAGUCAGAACCCACCUGCUCCCUCCUGCUACGACUCCGUGUGUGGCAGCCAGACACAGCUUGCCAGAGUUGUUCUAGGAGAGCCAUGUGUUCAUUUAGAUAACGGAACAUUCUGGACCAACAAAGCUGCCAAGUACAGUGGAAAGCCCCACCGUGCAGUGUUUGAGGACAGCCUUGGCAAAAUCUACAAGAACCUCUAUAGAAAAGCAUCAUCAAGUCAUAGUGACUCACAAAGCAUCUGGACCCAGUGACUAAUCUGCGAUGGCUAGACCAUGCCGUUGUGCCAGUGCAUUUCUAAGCCCUCUCCAAUUAAAACCUAAAGCCAGGCAAGGGCUGUGUGUGUGGGUAGGACCUUGUUCCAUGUACUGAUGAGAAUCAUGAAAAUUACCUGCCACUUCAAGGAAAGCUUCCUUCAGUGUGAUAAGUCAGUCAGUUUUUUGAACAAAAGAUAAAAUGCAGAGACCCAUGAGAGGAUUGUAUGAUUUAUUGUUGAUGCAGGCAGUGAGAUCUGGUCUUACAAAAUGAGAGCUCUUCUGUCAUUCUCUGGCUUCCUCCCACACUGGUGGAACAAAAUCUUCUUCAUUCAGAGAAACAACACAAAUGAUAUUCUUGCCAUUUUACAGCCCAAUUUAUUUUUUUAAAAGCUAUGCAUUACAGUUUUUUGUAAAAUACCAAUACCCCAAAUUGUUACUUCUUGUAUUAAAAAUCUGUCAGAAAAGAUACAUAAUUUUGUUCAAAGUAAUUCAAACUGCACUGUGCAGUAGGUUAACAUGGUUACCCUCAAUAGUAAAACUGAUCUUACAUCA